GUAAAGGUAGACGCAAAUUAAACCGCCCUCCACGGUGGGGCAAAGCCCGUAAAACUUGAAAUUACGGACUACAAACCAAACAACAAACCCAGCCAAACCCUUUCCACAAGAAAAAUGACCUCGAAACCCGAAACUACCAUCUACACUCCCCUACCAUCCGACCCUAACUCGCCACCUACCACCGUCCACACCUACGUCCUUUUACCUUUCUACCCUCACACGCGCCACCCCUUGCUCCGACACCUCCGUCGCAGCAUCCUCUCACUCUCUCUCCUCCUCCUCCUCUCUCUCACCAUCUUCCUCCUUUUCCCUUCCGACCCGCAACUCAAACUCGUCCGACUCAGACUCAACCACAUCAAAGUCAACUCGGAUCAUCAUCUCUCUCUUGACCUUUCUCUCUCCCUUACCCUCAAAGUUCGCAACCCCGAUUUCUUCUCCGUAAAAUACGACGCUCUUGAUGUGUCGAUCGCGUAUCGAGGGAAGAAGUUAGGGUUUGUGGAUUCCGAUGGCGGGAGAAUCAAAGCGAGAGGAUCGUCGUAUGUGAAUGCGACGCUUCUAGUUGACGGAUUUGAAGUUUUGCACGAUUUUUUCUACUUGAUUGAAGAUGUUGCUGCUGGUAAAGUUCCGUUUGAUACUGUUUCCACCAUCAAAGGAGAAUUUGGCCUCUUUUUCCUCAAAAUUCCAAUCCGGGCUAAAAUGUCAUGUGAGAUAGAUGUAAAUCCAAAAGACCAGACGAUUGUUCAUCAAAAUUGCUAUCCUCAGUGACAUAGGUGGGUAACUGGGUAUACAAGAAGCUGCAAUAUUCAAUCAGUUGAUGGAGAUGCUGCUUGCUCGAUCUUCUUGAGGUGUAUAUUAUACGAAGUAAUAAUUAUUAUUGUACAGGGGAUUUAUUCAUGUACAUUAUUAUUAAGUAAUUAGUUUCUAAUAACAUCUUAUUCAUUCACUGAGAAAUCUACAUGCUUUCUACA